AUGGGAGCCUUAUACCAAAACAUGUUUCAGGGCUGGUGUUUUACUAAUAAUUUGUCUCAUCAUCCUAAUGGGCGGAUUGUCAUAGCAUGGAAUCCUAAUAGUUUUGAUGUUGAUAUAAAAGGAGGUACUAGUCAGUAUAUUCACUGUGAAUUAAAGCCGAAAAUAGGGGACUUUUUUGCUUUAACAGUGGUUUAUGUAGUUAAUGAUAGUAAAGGAAGAGAGCAAUUGUGGAAAGAUCUUGUCCAAUUGUCAAAAGGUCUGAAUUUACCUUGGAUAGUUGGAGGGGACUUUAAUUCAGUAUUGAACAUAAAGGAAUGGCUUGAAUACAGGGGUAAUGCCAAUGAGAUGAUUCCAUUUCAAAAUUGUAUAACAGAUUGUGGUUUAGAAGAUAUCAAAUUCAAUGGCAACUUCUUUACUUGGAAUAAUAAGCAAGAAGGCAAAGAUCGGGUUUAUGCAAAAUUGGAUAGAUUUUUAGCGAAUCAUAAGUGGCUGGACAAAUAUACUACAGAUGAGGUCACUUUCUUCCCUGAAGGUGAGUUUGAUCAUUCUCCUGACCUUCUUUCUAUUUACUCGAAUAUGCAAAAUGGUAAAAAGCCUUUCAGAUACUUUAAUUUUUGGAAAAACUUGGAUGGUUUUAUUGAUACUGUGAAUAAGAAUUGGAAUGAAGAUAGCUGGUACUCCUAUGUAUUGUCUUGUUUCCCACUUGAAGCAGCUCAAAAUUGGUUUAAAAGUGUUGAACAGAGAAGGCAGGGGAAAUAUGGAGACUUAGGAUCAAAUCAAAAUGGAAGAUGGAUUGAUGAUGAAGAGGGUGCUAUCAAAGCUUUUUUGGAAUUUUAUCACAAUUUGUUGGGAUCUUGUGGUACUACUAGAACUAGAGUUCACAAGAGAAUUGUUCAAGAAGGACCAAUGGUGACUCAAAGACAAUCUAAUUGGUUAUUGCAAGAUUAUACUAAAGAAGAGGUGAAAGAUGCACUGCAAUCCAUUCCUGAUGAUAAAGCACAGGGACCUGAUGGUUUUAGUAGUGCUUUCUUUAAAGAUACAUGGGAGAUAACGGGAAGUGAAUUAACUGUAGCAGUUCUGUCAUUUUUGAACUCAAGAAGAUUACUUAAAGAGAUUAAUGCUACAACAAUGACUUUGAUUCCUAAAUCGAUUUGCCCAGAAUCUGUGAAUGAUUAUAGACCCAUUGCUUGCUGCAAUGUGAUCUAUAAAAUAACUUCUAAAAUGAUUUGCAAGAGAUUACGGGAAGUUCUUACAGGAAUCAUUUCAAAGAAUCAAAGUGGUUUUUUUAAAGGAAGGCAAAUUGCUCAUAAUAUUAUGAUUUUUCAAGACAUGGUUCAGGGCUAUAAUAGAAGAAGUGCAAAGUCAACUUGUUUGUUCAAGAUUGACCUUCAAAAAGCUUAUGAUACACUUGACUGA